ACUCCCUCCUGCUGUACCUACGUUAGAGUCUCGUUAGACUGGCCACAGAGAAGUUUGGCGGGCGGAAAAUUCAGGGUUCCACAGCCAUAAGCCGGAAGAUGCGAGACUUCAUUCGCCUGUGCUGCAAAAGUACGCAGGGUUUUCUCUUUCCGAAUGCAGGCGUUGGAAAAACGGAGUGUCAGGGAGAAGGAGCAAAGCACUUCGAGACGUUGGGCUUGUGGGGAUGGACCUGUGAUUGUUCAGUCUCGUGUCUGCAAAGAGUGGAAAAGCGUAAUAGACUUUGCUUUAGUGACAUGUGUAUUACAUUCUUAAACCUUGAGCGAGUCAGGAGCCCCUUUCUCCUGUCUCUCCUGCUUGUUUCUUCUGUGUUUCUCAUGGUUAGUGGAAGAAUGAAUUCGCAUGCCUAGACUCGGACGCAUACUGCACUUAGUAGGCCCGAAUUUUCGCAUAGCGUGUUUGAAGUGUUUUGCCCCCUCUCCAAGACUCCAUCUUGAUUCCUCCUUUUCCAAUUAUUCCAUGCGUUCUUGAUCGGUGCACUGACUCCCUUGUCACCCCGCCGCAUUUCUUUUUUCCCAUUCUUCCUCCCUACAA